CCUUGAUGAAAUGUCGCUGUGUCACGAUGCACCGAGCAUCUCAGCUUCCACGAGUGAUUUUUGAUGUCUAUUGGAAUUAUUAGAAUCUGAUCAUCCACCAAGACGAAAAAAGGAGCCUCUUCACAUCGGCCGCCGCCUCUUCGGUCUGUGGCUAGCGCAUCCCCAUCUCCGAUUCUAUUCCGCAAUUUCUAUUUCCUGAUCAGACAGCGCGCGCUGCGUACGGACGUGACACAGCUCUCUGAGCCUCAGGGCGAUUUAUUCAGAUUGGUACUUUCUACAUUUUUGAUACCGGCUGGGACAUGUUUUAGCCUUGUCGCGACUGUCAGCCCAGUCCCUUUGAGCCAAACAUCGCGCAAGUUUGACCCUAGAAAGCCGCCCAAGUUGAAACGAAGCAGAUCACCCUUUAUUCUUCCACACGUCUCACAGCUGAUGUCUCGAGCAACUGGCGACAAGAUAUCUCUGGUGCUCGGAGGACUACGAUCCGAUAUCGAGUAAAUCAUGGGGGUGAACCCAUACGAAGCUGACCCAAAGCGGGUGCCAAAGAAAGAUCCGUACUUAAGUCGCAGCCCGCAUUACGGUCGAUAUGCUCCUCAGACCGAUGAUUUCGCGCCUGCCACUAUUGACUGGCACACCGUCGGGGAAUCAGGAUCUCUUCCCUACUGGAAAAAAAUUAUAGACAAACACUGUACCCCGCAAAACUCGCUGAACGUGGUGGGAUCUCGAGAUGCUUUCGCAGUGGGCAAGGUGAUUAUUCGCAUCGAUCGCAACAACUCCGAAGAUUCCGCGACAGAAAGGUAUGCCGUUUUGAAUGCAAACGAAUUGGUCGCAUCGCGAAAAGCGGAAGAAGCGUUGAAAGAUCUCAAUGUCGCAGUGCCGAUAAUUCUCUUUUGCGGAACCAUUGAUGGGAAGAAUGUUGUGACCGAAACUCGCAUCCCCGGCGUUUCCUUGGAAGUCGCAUGGAAAUACCUGUCGGAUUCGCAAAAACAAGACUUCAAGUUACAAUGCCAGCGCAUUCUCCAGCGUAUCGCAACCAUCGACGAGCCACCGAGCGCCCCUUCGUAUGUAUGUCAAGGCCUCAACACCGUUUCACGACCCGAUAUACCCGACGUUGAGCGCGAUAUUCUCUUUUCACAAAAGGAGGCUGGCGAAGAGUUAUGUUUAGUACACAAUGACAUGGUGCGACCAAAUAUAAUAGUCGAUGACGGCCGGGUUGUUGGAAUCAUGGGCUGGAGACAAAGCGGUUAUUUUGGUCACGACAGAGCACAACGAGUUCACCGUUUACUCCGGAUACCCGAGCGCUCUCAUAUAUUCGCUUCUGGCGAGAGAUCAACUCAUGACCAAGCAUGGGCUGACUUAUACGACUCAUUGCUAUCGAAUCAAGCGGGGGCCCAAAAUCACGGUCAAGAAAAUGGAGAUCUCAAAGUGAAAACAGAAUCUCCCGCAACAAGUAUAGAAAGAGUUCCCAUGAGUCCCACCCUGCAGUUUGGGCUUUCGCAAGUGGAUGGAGCCGAUGAUCAUCCAACACCAAAAAAAAUUACCGAUUUGAAGCGUGGCUCGAUAUCAAGGGCAUCGUCUAUUGAUAGAUCGUCACCCUCAGCACCACUGAACCCGUCGAAACUAGGCCCAAACGCUCGCAAAUCAUCAUCCGCCUCCACAAAGAAAGCUUCAACUGCAAAAAAGGUCCAUCCUAAAAAGCGCAAAAUUGAUGCUCUUGAAUCCGAGAGCGUUGGGGAUCGACGGUCACAUAGCCCAGCAUCCUCGAGAGCGAGCAAAGGACCAGGGGUUAAAAAGUUUGAAUCUGUCUCGGCAGCUGGAUCCCCUGCACCUGAGGGCAAAAAGAAGAAGGUCGGUAGAAAGCCUACCAAAAAGGCCUCUAAGAAAUUUUCGACGGAGGUAAAUGGCACAGGUCAACAAGAAGAGGAGGAAGAUCAGUAUGAUGAUAGCGAUGUUGAAAAUCCUGAUGAGAUAUUUUGUAUCUGUCGUCGACCAGAUAACCACACCUGGAUGAUUGGCUGUGAAGGCGGCUGUGAAGAUUGGUUCCAUGGCAAAUGCGUCAAUAUCAAUCAAGAAGACGAGGAGUUGAUUGAUCGGUAUAUUUGCCCCAAUUGCCAUGCAGCGGGGAAGGGCAAAACAACAUGGAAACCAAUGUGUCGACUAAAGGAGUGCCGAAAACCAGCGCGCAUAUCGAAGAAGCUGAUCAGUAAAUAUUGCUCUGAUGAUCACGGGCGCGAGUUUAUGCGUCGUCUAGCACAGCGUCUUGCUUCAAAACCUGGUCCCGUUGUCUUUGACAGAAUACGAGCUAUAAGUAAUAGAGACAGCCGCAGUGUCGAUGGCGACGGCGAUUCGCCUAUGGAAACAAAUGAUGAGGAUGAAGAAAACGACCCCCCUCGAAUAAUGCCGGAAGAUCUGGGAAGCAAAGGCGGUGUACUGACCGUCGGCGAUCUCAAGGCUGUGAUCAUGGGCGUAUCGUCUGCUGAGGAGUUCCGCCGACUCGGCGAGCGCCUAAUCUCACCACCCCCUGCUGUUCCAUCAGAGACGAAAAAGGAGAAAGAGCCGGAAAACAAGGAUAAAGAAGGGUUUCAAGACCAUAGCAAUGUGAUGGGCUUAGAUAUCCAUCCUCCCGGUGUUAUAUAUACAACAGCCGAAGAAGCCAAGCUACAAAAGCUACGAAAACGACGUGACGAGUACCGAAGUCGCGGGGAAAUGAUCGCCCAACGCAACCGAUUCCUCGGCCUUGUGCGGGCGCGAGCCAAAACUGUACUUGACCGACUCAAAGCGAAAGAGCCCAAGGGUGGAUGGAAAGACAUCUGUGGAUUUGACGCCCGCAUGUCCUGGAACGAAGAAGAGCUGGACGAAUGGGCGCAAACCGAAGCCGGCCGAAAAGCCUUUGAAGAUGAUCGCCUCGAGCCAGAACCAGCCACAGCUUUACCAACUAAUGGCAGCACAAGCGACAACGACGGCGAUGAAAAGAUGCAAGAUGCUAGCGAGGGCGAGGGAGAAGAGAACGACGACCCUGAAGACGCCGAAUUUGCGGAGCUGUCGAGAGGGGUUUGCAUCAAGAAACGAUGUGACCGGCAUAAGCAGUGGGUGAGACUAGUCCAGCAGGAUAUCCAGUUCGAAGAAGCGAUGCUCAAGGGCGAUUUUGAGACUUGUCAGAAAGAAGCAAACGCCAUUGUAGAGGGAGCGGUCUUGCGAAUAUGCUCUCAACAGGGUUGAUCAUUUCCUUAUCAUUAUAAACAAGCUGUUUUUACAAGGCUUUUGAGUAUAUUGCUGUAUACUCAGUCAAUCUUACUUUUUUAAUAGCAUUGGUAGAUGGCACUCUCCCUUUACCUUCUUGCCAUUAUCUAUACUGGAGUUCAAAUGGCGAAACUGGUGUACACGAUACACGAUUGAUCAUUUGCUUGCCAACAUUAUGCAUAUGAGGAAUUGUAUAUAGAGAACGGAUGGUCUGAAAAAUAUCAACUUACA